CACUUUCGUUUGUGCGAUGGCCGCAGUUAGAAGUGAAUUCCCCAGCGAGUUGAACAGUAAUCCGAGUACCAAAGCCAACAGUUUGAGGUCGUUGAAAAAGCACGUGGCCACGUGUUGGGAAAAUUUGUGCAAAAAGCUUCAGCAACCUACCACAUUUCGGAAAAGUUCCCAUAGCAAGAUCUUUGUGAGGGCCGACUGUACGGCAAGUUUUCCGGAAAAGUCGAGAUUUGUCCGACAAUUUUAUAGGAUCUUUAAGGCGGGACGGAAAAGCGAAGGCUGUGGCGGUGAGCCGGAGUUGUGGAAAGUGCCGUUGGCCGAUGGGCAAAGAAGCCAAGAGCAAUUGCAAAUCGUAGCUAGACUCUUCUCCUCAACAUUGAUCUCCACCAAGGAGGAGGAGAUCAUCACACCUAGUAUCAGCUACAGGAGCAGGAAAAGCCAGAGUUACUCCACCAGCAGCACCAUGACUAUAAUCGAAAGCAACUAUAGAGAUGUGCGGGAUGAGUAUCCCGAUAUUGAUGCGGAGAUACGGGCUAUAUUGCUAAGCCAUGCCCAGAAUGGAAUCACGAUAUCGAGCAUUAAAGAUGAAUAUCGCAAACAAACGGGCAACCGCUUUCCACUCGAGGAAAAUAUUACAGAUUUUCUGCUAACCAUUCCUUAUGUGACCGCCGAGUGCAGUCACAAUGGCAAGCGGAUCUUUAACCUCAAGCCCAAUAAGGAGAAUAGCCACCUGCUGGACAUGGUCCUUAACCAGAAACAGCGGAACGAUUACAGCAGCGGAGCACCCUCAAUGGAAGACAAAUACUUGAUGGGUGCACCGCGGGCGCCACCGCGUUACUGGCGUAAUGGAUACAAGCGCCGGGCUCUGUCCCCGCUGGACAACAACCUCAAUGUGGGGGCGAAGGUCAGCUCGGAGAAGUCAGCGGAUGACCAGAGCAAGGCUAUCAAUACCGGAUCGGCAGCGCUGCCGCAAAUGGCCAAGGCGGCAGCGGAGUCGAACUGGUGUUACCAGGACAAUUGGAAUCAUCUCAACAACAUCUACCAGCAAUCCAACGUUAAUGCACCGGAAAUGCCAGUGUCAAACCAAAUUUAUACAGAUCAUCCGGAGCAGUCAAACCACUUGCCUAAUCCGGAACUGAUCCAAAUCCAACCACCCUACAAGAACCAUCAAAGCCCCAAUCUCAACCAGAUACUCAAUCCACAAUUGGACAUCUUUAGGCGUCCAAGUUCCGCCAGUGAGAGAAAGCGACGCCAUGAAAGGACGACCACACCCACGACCAUGUCCACGGGAACACAUAAUGAUUCCAUGUUAACCAUUAGCUCGGACUAUGAUGCCUACCUUCUGGACUUUCCACUGAUGGGCGAUGAUCUCCUUCUAUAUCUCGCCCGGAUGGAGCUCAAGUGUCGUUUUAGACGUUUCGAGCGGAUCCUACAGUCGGGACUCUGCGUUUCCGGCCAGACAAUCAACGGUGCCCGGAAUCGAUUGAAGAAAGUCUACCUGCCCGAGCGGACGCAGAUAAUUGUCAAUAUCGGAUCGGUGGAUAUAUUGAGGGGCAGGCCUCUUGUCCAGAUCGAGCAUGACUUUCGGUUGCUCAUUAAGGAGAUGCACAGCCGUCGGUUUGUCCCGAUCCUCACCACCCUGGCUCCCCUGGCUAACUAUUGCCAUGACAGGCUGUGCGACAAGGUCCUGCGAUUUAACAACUUUAUACGCGCCGAGGGCAGGGGUCACCUGAAGGUGAUCGAUAUACACUCCUGUCUGAUCAACGAGAGGGGUAUCGUUCGAUUCGAUUGCUUUCAGAACUCACCCCGCUCCGUGUCGGGUUCGAAGGAGCCUCAUUUGUUCUGGAACAAAAUUGGAAGGCAGCGUGUGCUGCAGAUGAUUGAAUCGAGUCUGGAGUAUUGAGUAUUUGGUUACCAUUUGGACGGGGCUGGCACCGGUCCAGCCAAUAUUGAAGAUGAUUUUUACGAUUGAUCCACGCUGACGGCUCGCUGCUUUUAUUUGGAAUUCGCCUACGUACUAUUUUAAUGUGUUUUAUGUGUGUCCCCGCGUCCAUGUAUAUGUUUAUGUCUAUGUGUAUUUGUAUGUUUGUGCUUGUGUUAAUUGUUUAAAUAAUUCCAUGUUUUGUGUUCAUUGUUAGAUUUUAAUUUCUUAAGGCUUUCAACGUCUGCCUGUCAUUGAUUUUGCAUUAUGCCUGUCGGAGUUUGUGACCACUUUUUGCCGCUGUCCCAAAAGCUGAGUGCAAAUUCACUUGCAAAUCAAUUUCAGGCACGUUGAAGCCUUACUUUCCUUUCUACUUUUCCCUAAAAACAUUUCCCCUUGCAAUCCCCUUGAAAUGUACAAAUCGGAUUGCAAAGCCAAAUGGAAUCUAAGUGCAAAUCAUUGCAAAUGUUAUAAACUGUUUUUUCUUGCUGUUCUGUUCUACCUUAUUUGUUUGGGCCAAAA